AAAAAAAAACAAAACAAAACUCUUGUCUCAACAAAAGUAAAUCAAGUUUUUAAAAGAGAAAGAAAAGGAAAAUCAAAAAGAUACAAUCAUCAACAAUCUAUAACAGAUACCGGUACAUGUCACAAAGGGUCGUUAGCCAAUGAAGGAAAGAAAAAAAAACUAAAUAGUAGCACGUGUUGCGUGUAUGUGUUUUUAGAUUUCACGAUUAAUACAUACCGACUUUUACUCUUUUAGUCUUUUCGAUAAUUUAUUAUUAUAUAGUAUACUUUAAGACAUGUAAAAUAAGAAAAUAAAUUAUAUCAAGAUUUAACAAUUAAUGAAAUAGAGUCAUAAUUAAUUAAAAAUAAAAAUAUAACAAUAAUUUUUAAUGUAAAAAUGUCUUCAUCAAAUGGAUUAAAUUUCGAAAAUCUAGAGAAAAAUCUUUUGCAUGCAAAUAAAUACAAAUAUGUGAAAAUCACCGAAAGUGAUCCACCAAAAAAAAAAUCACGCAGUCAAUUAAAUUUAGAUAUUCUAAAAGAUUGCAAACAACUUGAAGAUCCACCAUUAACAGAGUCAGAUAAAUUGUUGACAGCUAAUCGAUUGACAUAUGAUUUUUAUAAUACUCCAUGUGAACAAUUGGCACAGCAAUUAUUGGGAAAAAUACUUGUACGCCGAUUGGAAAAUGGUAUAAUAUUAAAAGGAAGAAUAGUAGAAACAGAAAGUUAUCUUGGAGGAAUUGAUAAAGCUUCUCAAACCUAUCAAAAUAAAGUAACGCCUCGAAAUAUACCGAUGUAUAUGCCACCAGGAACAAUUUAUGUUUAUUUCACAUAUGGAAUGUAUUACUGUUUCAAUAUAUCAAGUCAAGGUGAAGGAGCUGCAGUUCUUUUACGAGGUGUAGAGCCAAUCGAAGGUAUUGAGGAAAUGAUGUAUAAUCGUACAUUAAAAUCGAAAAAAAAAAAUUCCGAAAAAAAUAAAAAAAUAUUAAAACCACACGAAUUAUGCAAUGGUCCUUCCAAGAUAUGUAUGGCAUUUGAAAUUGAUAAAGAUUGUUGUAAAUAUUCAUUAUGUACCUGGAAAAGUAUGUGGAUUGAGCCUGAUUACAAUCCACCAGAUGAAACAAUUGAAAUAAUUAAAUGCUCGAGAAUUGGUAUAGAUAGUGCUGGGCCAGAAUGGGCAAGUAAACCAUUGCGUUAUUAUAUUUACAAUAAUAAUUCAGUGAGCAAACGUGAUAAAAAAGCUGAACAAGAUUUUAUCAAGGAUAAGUAAAAAUACACGUUUGUUUAAAUAAAUUUAUUGAAUUAUAAAUAUUUAUCUACUUACAGUAUUUUUGUACAAAAAAAAAAAAA